AUAUGGUCACGUUUUAGAAUGCGCAAUGAAGUGGAACGUUUCGUAUUUGUAGAAGCGCGCUCCCCUCCAACAACAUCACAACACAAGAGCUAAUCGCAGUUUGUAACUAAGGCAACGUUAAUUGUUACUGUUGAUUCACUAUUUACCAGCGGAAGUGAAUUAAAAGAUGGCAGUCAUACCAGCAGCAUUCACUGGCUUUAAUGUAUUUGGACAGUUUGGUAACAAACAGGCUAGCAGAGUUCAUGAUUUUACGGAGUUUGGUUUUAAUGAGUGCGUCAUAAAUAGCAGCACAUUGAUAGCAGCCAGUUGGAGCUACACAGCAUUUGCACAAGAAAAUCGUUUAUUUGUGUGUGGAUUUUUGACUGAUAAACCUAAUGCUAGUGUAAACAUAAUAGCUCCCGACAAAAUUAAGCAAAUAGCAGCAGCUGAAAAGUUUUGUUUGAUUUUGUUGGAGAAUGGCAAAAUAUACAAAUUACUAGCAAAAGUAGAAGCAAACUUGGAGGAAGUAAAAUUCGCUGCUACAAAUGUUGCACCGCCACAAAAACGUACAAUUUUUGGUGCAAUAAAACAACAGACAGUGGAAACCUUUACUCACAUCGCUUGUGGUAGUAAUAUAAAUGUGGCUGUAAGUAACACAAAUGGUAUUUAUAGCAUACCCAGCAAAAUACAUGAGUUUCCAAAGCAUAUAAAAGUAAAGCAAUUGGUCUGUGGUUUUGAGCACGCAAUGCUAUUAACUAACAUGGGGGAUAUAUAUGCUUGGGGCAUGGGUCUACGUGGACAGCUAGGUCAAGAAUUGCUACAAACUGAAGAAACGCCAGUUUUGUUGGAAGCUUUAGCUGGUAUAAAAAUAAUUCAUAUAGCUGCCGGUGGUUGGCAUAGUGCAGCUAUUUCUGCUUUUGGUGAUUUAUAUACUUGGGGUCACAAUACAAAUGGUCAACUGGGUUUGCGUGUUUUUAAACCUAAUGGUCAAAAAGAACCUACAGUUUUUCCGCUGCCACAAAUUAUUGAUAUGCCUCCAUGUAAUACUUGCAGUGUAAAAUCUAGUGAUGAUGGACAAGAAGGGGAGCAGUAUACAGAAUGCAUUGCUGUUAAAGUAUAUGCGGGUGCACGACACACAAUUGUGCAAAUGAAUUGUGGUACUGUGUAUGCAGCAGGUUGGAAUGUACACGGUCAGUUGGGUUUAAAGAAGUUAAAUCAAAUGUGCGAUCAUUUUGAAAGAGUUCCAUUUUUCGCAACUAUCCCAAAUCAGUUAAAUACUCCAAACAUAGUUUGUGGACCAUGGUGCACUGUUGCAAUAAGAUGAAAAAUGUUUAAGUGAUAUAUCAGCUUGAAACCUAUAUGAAGGAUAAUUUACUUCGCAUAUGAAGUAUGUGAAUUAAAAGGAUAUAUAACAUACAACUUAACUAUAAGUCAUCAUUUAAUUUAAUUUUAAUAACUUUCCAAGUACAUUUUGAUUCUGCAGCAUUUCGUGGUUAUUGCAGUUUAACUGAACAAAAAUUUAUAUGUGUAUUUAAAUAUUUGA